UAAGGAUACUCGGAUGCCCUGCCCAAACAACACAGGGAGUAGCACUGUUUGCUGGAAGUACAGCGCCGCAGAUUUAGAUUGUAUAAUAGAUUGGGUUUGUUAAUCUAUUUAAAGACUUUUUGCCGUGUUUUCGAAAUGAGCGACGUUAGGACGGGUAACUUUAAAUCUCGCUGAGACGAGGCGAUCGCACAGUAACGUCAACCAGCCAAGUGUUAGCUACUGUUAGCAAGGUGUCAGAUGUUAGCUGGGUUAGCUAACGUAUGUGAUAAACCGGCAGCCAGUCACAAAAAGUUGUUGUAGAAAGGCUUUUUAGGGAGAGUAAUGUAAUGCCGACAGACUGCUGAACAUUUUUGUCUAUUCGGUGUUAGUCAACAAAGCAAACAACCCGCACAGUCCGAUGUGUUUAUAUCCGUCAGAGCCGUUGCGUGGUUGAAAUUCAAGCUAGCAGGCGAACAUUGAGUUAGCUCAGCUGCUACAUAAACAACAACAUCCACCAAACUGGACAAAACGUUGGAUUUAGUUGGGUUUAAAUCGGGCUCGGCGGGUUCGCUGACCCCUCAGAAGAAGAUGAAGAAGAGAAAGGAGCUCAAUGCACUGAUUGGACUCGGGGACACCAAGAGAAAGAAGACUAAAAAGGGGUCAGGUCACCGACUUCUCCGAACCGAGCCGCCGGACUCAGAGUCCGACUCGAGCUCGGACGACGACGAGUUCAACAACAUGAGCGGCGGAGCCAACUUUGGGAAAAGAAGCUACACGCAGUGCUGCAAUGUGUGCUACCCCUUGUUUCUGUUCAUCAUACUCGCUGCCUGUGUCAUGGCCUGUGCUGGACUCAUAUGGAUGCAGAUUGCUCUGAAAGAAGAUCUAGACUCACUGAAAGAAAAGCUGCAUAGCAUGGAAUCCAGCCAGAAGGUGUCAUCAAGUGAAAUACCAAAACUAAGUGAAGACCUGAAAAACAAGGAGAGAAGGUUUGAUGACAUUGAGAACGGGGACAAGGGGUUGAGCAAACUCUGGUCUAACCUAACAGAGAUGAACAGAAAGAUCAGUUUGCUGGACUCUGCCGUAAACCACUUAAAGGCCAACCUGAAAUCAGCUGCUGAUUUAAUCAGCCUUCCGACAACUGUUGAAGAGCUUCAAAAGAGUGUUGCUACAAUUGGCAGCACACUAACAAGUGUCCAGCACGAUGUGAAGACUAUGCAGGCUGCUAUUGAAGAUCAGAAGAAAGAUGACGAAUUGAAGAAGACAACGGACAUAACAGACCUGAGAAAAGCAGUGAGUGAGGCUAACAAGACAGAGGAGCAGCGCCACACGUGGACUGCUGAGCAGAUCAAUGUCCUCCUCUCUACGGUUGCAGAUCUUCGUCAGAGAGUGGUCUCAUUAGAGGAUGCCUCAAAACAAAGUUUAGAGGACAGAGAUGCAUCUGCUCAAAUGGCAAUCACAAGUGAAACUCCAGCAACUGAGACAGUGAAAGAAGCUACUACAACCAAAGCAACACCUGGAGAUGCACAGGAGAUAUCCACGCCCCUGGCAGAGCCGCACACAAGCAGACAUCCACGCUUCUUAACUCCAAACCGCUCCAAGAGAAAUGCUGAGACAAGAUGUCCAAAGAGGGUGUCCUUGCCUGGUGUCAGUUCCCUGAAAGACUUGGAGGACGUCUUCCAGCAGGCAGGCGUUGGACGUAAUGCACUCGGAUUAACUUACCAAGACCUGAGGAAAGUAUUUGGAACAUCAACUCCUAAUGCACGUACAUUGGCGUGCUUUGACAAUGAUGGGGACCAGAGGUACUCCCUGAUGGAGCUGAGAGCUGCUGUAGGUUUGUGAGCACAUUAUCACUGACAGCAGUGAACAGUAUUGAAACCCAGUGGGGUCUGGGGGCUCGGAGUUCCCGACCCUCUUCUGUAAUUGCUGCACUUUUGUGAACUGAAUAUUUAUCAUACUGAUUGUGGAACAGUGGCGCUGGCAUGCCCCCCUAAUCACCCCUCCCUCCCCUCAGUCCAUUUCAACACAACCUCAGCCACAAAACAUCUUAAAUUUUAACAGUUAUCAAUAUGAGUACCUGUCUGCAGGAUAUCCAGCUCUUAUUUUAGCAAAUCCCUUUGAAUAUAUUAAUAAACCAUGAAAAUUAAGUGUUGUGAAUGAUUUUGAAUUCCAUUUUCCACACUGUUCUCAAACUUGCUGUUUUCCUGCACCUGUGUUUUGUUCUUUUUAACCAAUCUGUCUCAUUUUGAUGUAACAUUUUUGUGUGUUUAGCUUCUGUGGAGGCUGUAAAUGUCAGUCUGUUGCAGAUGUCCUCACCCAUCAACAGAACCACCUGGUACAACUCACCUGAACCUUAUUUAUAGAGCUCCAGAAUUUUAUGAAUGUUUACAAAUGACUACUAGAAAUAGACUUUUUUGUGAGACAUUGGUUUUGUUUUUAGACAGUUUCCUAACUUAUCUGAAACACACAAUUGAGCAUAAGAGUAAAGAUUUUUGUAUGCUCUUUUCUAAGCUGAAUCUGAAGUUUCUGAUUUCUUUUUCUGUUGAGUGUUUUUCUCAUUUAUCUUCAGUUAGUUGUAGUUGCUUUUGGGAUCAUGUGUUUAAUCCACCUGUACAUUUGUCUGUUGUUUUGUUUUUGCAGUUUUCUCUUCUGCAUAAUUUGAAGGGCUAUGAACACUUUGAAUCACCCAGAGAAGAAUUUUGAAGUGGUAACUCGUGAGGCAUAUGUAGCAAUAACAAAAUUACUUAGAUAUUGCUUGAUUAAAAAUGCAGUAGACAGAAGGCACACUUAGCUCACAAUGUGUAACAGGUAGUAUAAGAAGCACUGACCAUCAUUCUUUACUUGAUUCAUUUUAUUCCAUUUCUAUGGACCUAAUAAUGGUGUAUUUACAUAGCAAAUUUGUCAUACUCAAACAUUGUUGUAAUCUCAAAAUGGUGUAAAUGUAUUGUCCACCAUCUUGUGAAGGGGACUGGGUUGGUAAAAUUUGCUUUACGGUCUUAAUCUCAGCAUUGUACAUUUUUAAGAUAAUUCUGUUGUGCUUUGCAUGUUGCUUAUAAUGUAACAUGAACAAAUAAUUUAUAAACUUAACAUAGUCGACUACUUGUUUUUGCAGGACAAUGGUUAGUUGAGCUCAAAAUGUAAUGUAGCUUUGGCCAUUAUGACUUAGAUUUUGGGUCUGUGCUGCUACUGUACAUGAGAGAUUUUAAGAAUGUGUUUUUGUGUGAGCACCAAUGAAUAAACACACACUUAAAGCUU